ACCAGGCUAAUGGACCAGAGUCUGGUAGGACCAGGCUAAUGGACCAGAGUCUGGUAGGACCAGGCUAUGAAUAAUAUGCAUUGACAACUGCCACGGAAUGUUCUUUCUUUAGAAUGGAAUUAAUAUUCUGUUACAAUGACACAAAAAUCCAGAAUAUAUCCUGUAAAACUUCAGCUGAAAACAUUUCAGUGACUGCAAACCAAGUUAGUUCACGUAUAUGUAAAGGACACGUGUAUGUUAAAGAAGAGACGAUGAAGCGCGUUGUGGGAUUAAUAGAUUAUGGUGAAAUGCCAUCACACUUAGCCAGCCAUUUGAGAGCAGAAAAAAGAGCUGUCGCAGAUGAAAAGACGAUAUCGAAGAACUAUGAGCCCUACUAUGGGGUACAAAGGAGAGAUGUGCUCUGCGGCCGCACGUGUUGCUACCGCAUUCAGGGCUUCAUCGGUGAAGGAUGCUUUGGCAAAGUUGCCAAGUGUGUGAACUUAGGCACAUCACAGGAUGUGGCCCUCAAGAUCCUAAAAAGUGGGGAUAGCGAGGCCGCUGAAGAAGAGAUCGAAAUGCUCAAAGCUGUGAGCGUUCUCGACCCAGUCAAGAAGAACGUGGCGAAGUUCCUUGAAACGUUUAAACACAAAGGACAAACCUGUCUAGCUUUCGAAAUGUUAGACAGGAGUCUUUUUCAAUUGUUUAGGGAGAGACGCUACAAGCCGCUGUCCCUCAGUGAGAUACGGCCGAUAGCACAGCAGUUGCUGACGGCCUUUGACGCUCUGAAAGGCAUCGGUGUGGUUCACUCGGACCUGAAGCCAGACAACAUAAUGCUGACAGACCACCAGGGUGAGCCCUUCAGGGUGAAACUAAUAGAUUUCGGCGUGUCCUUCCCCACCUCAAAGGAGCAACGUGGAAGUCCAAUCCAACCUCUGGGUUACAGGGCACCAGAAGUCUCCUUGGGUCUCCCCGUCUCCGAGGCCAUAGACAUGUGGAGUCUCGGCUGUGUGCUCUUCUGGCUGUAUGUAGCCGACCACCCGUUUUCAGUUGACUGCCAGUACCAGUCUAUGAGAGGCAUUGUUGACAUACUGGGACAGCCGGCUGACCACCUUCUCCGCGCUGGUUACUACACCCACAAGUUCUUUAAGAGGAACCAGAAAUCGGACUUCCCAAAAUGGUGGCUAAAGACUCCAGGCGAGUACGAGUUAUACACCGGCAGAGAUACUAGAGGAUGGGACAGGUCUUUUAAAAGCUUGGAUGACCUGAUAACAGUAGACAUCGAGCAACCUAUUGAACUGGAGGACCAAAGAGCUUUUGUGAGUCUCCUGAAAUCUCUUCUACAGACGAACUCAAAGAAGAGGAUCGCUCCGGAGAAGGCUAUCCAGCACCCAUUUGUCACACUGGCCCAUCUGAUGGAUGAGAUGGACACCAGCGAGUAUGUGGAAGAGUCCUUUGACAAAAUGCUGGUGUGUCCAAUGGAUUACGCAGAAGAGGAACUCCCUCCUGACGAUGAGGCAGAUGAAGAGAGCAAAGGUGAAGGGCCUUCAGCCAGAACUCGUACGAAUGGCACAGGCUUGGCUUGUUCUGUUAAAGCGAAGAAGAGACCGCUGAAGAGAAUCCAGAAUUUCUUCAGCAGGGCAGCCAGAACAGCUGACGGGUUUUCUGUUAAAGCGAAGAAGAGCCCGCUGAAGAGAAUCCAGAAAUUCUUCAGCAGGGCAGCAAGGACCUUGCUUGGAAAGAAAAAAUGUUGAAUGUUAUGUGUCUUGCAGAGUAAAUGAUAUGUGCAUACACA